AUAAUUCCGCUCCGUGUGACAAAAGGCUGCUGGCAAAACAGUAACAUGAAAACAGUUCAAUUGAAAGCACUACGCCAAACGGGGUGGUUCGGUGGUGGCAGGAAGCAGGAAGCGCUGGCAUAACACUGGCAGGAUCGGAUCAGCCACACGGGACCAGAACACACGGGCGACCGAGCGUUGUGAAAUCGUUCGCGUGAGAAUCGACCCGACACUGUUCGCGAGUGGAAGUGUGUAACUCUCGGGCGUAGUGUUUGCUGCUUUGCGCCGUCCAAGGCAAGAGAAGCACCACCAGAGAGGCAGCGAAAAGUGAAAGAAAGGAAGUGAAAAGCGAACAAAGAAAAGAAAAGAAAAAAAAAAACGCACACCCCACAACGCGAUUGUACAAAGUACGGGCGCAAGUACCCUGCCAAGUGGAAGCUGCAGCCCGCCAGCAGUGCAGUGCCUACUUGGUGUGUGUGUUUCUCUGUCCCCGGAAGCUGUGUUUGGUGGAAAAUCGAUCCCGCUGGUUGCUGCGAGCUGCUGUAUCAUGUGCGGUUAGGGUGUUGCAAGGUUGCAAAAAGGUCGCAAAAGUGGCCAUUCCCCACAUGAAAUUGUGCAUCGGCUGACACGCAAGUUUCGACAGGCGAAUUUUUGUACGUACGAGUGUUACACACGGGCGCGAACGGCGAAGAAGCGAAGAUGCUGCUGCUGAGGAAAAACCUUCUCUGCUGGCUGCUCCUGUCAGCCAUAUUGGUGAAAACGGUGUACUGUGUGCCGACCGCAGCCGUCACCGAGGCGGACGACGAGAACGAUUCCGAGUGGGACGAGGAUGAGGAAUCGUCCGAAGCGGAUGACGAUGGGCGAGUCUACAAGAAUCCCAGGAAUUCACCCUCGACCGAAUGUCCGCGGGACGAGGAACAGGCCACGCUGCUGGGUCAAAAGUGUUUGCGCAAAUGUUCGUCGGAUGAGGACUGCAAGAGCAAGAAGAAGAAGUGUCUGUGUGAUGGGGCGUGCGGUAUGUCCUGCAUCAAACCGGACCGGGAGUGUCCGGAUCUGACGCAACCGAGCCUGGGCUCGGUAACACUGUCCGGCAAACAUUUUGGAUCGCGCGCCACCUACACCUGUCCCCAUGGGUACCACGUGGUUGGGCUGCAGAGCCGGCUCUGCCAGGCGGAUGGGAGCUGGGCGGGCAGUGAACCGGUGUGCAAGCAGAACAUCUACUGUUUGGAGCCACCGACCAUCGAGCACGCAAGACAUUCGGCCCUCCCGGAACAGGCCACGUUUGAUCUCGACUCCACCGUUCAGUACCACUGCCACACGGGAUAUGCUACGGCCGGGUUUCCCCGUGCCAAAUGCUUGGCGGUAGAUGGACAGGCAAGCUGGUAUGGACCGGACAUUUCCUGCGAACCCCGUUCCUGUGGACAGCCACCGGAUCCGGCCCAUGGCUGGCAUGCCGGGGAGAGCUACACGUUUGGUGGCAAGGUAACGUACCACUGUGGCGAAGGAUACGAGCUGGUAGGACGUGCUGAGCGCUACUGUCAGGCGGAUGGAUCGUGGACACCCAAGGAAUUGCCGACCUGUGUUCUCGUGACUUCGGUACAGUGUCCAUCGCCGGAGAAUCCGAGAAACGGCAAGGCCAUUUACACGAGCACCUCCUAUAACUCCGUGGUUAGUUACGAGUGCCGCUACGGAUACACGCUGGUCGGCGAAAGUUCCCGUCGUUGUGGUGCCGACAAGCGCUGGACCGGAACGCUUCCAGCCUGCAAGGAAAUCAACUGUGGCCAUCCGGGCACACUGUACAACGGUUGGCUGGAAAACAUCGAAAGUGGCACCGGGCUGGGGGCGAGCAUUAUAUUCCGCUGCCAUCCGGAGAUGUUGCUGGUCGGGAACACGUCCUCGGUGUGUCAGAUUGAUGGGCGUUGGCGCUACCCGUUGCCGCAGUGUUUGGCACCGUGCGUCGUACCGUCCAUCUCCCAGGGGCAGGUCAUCCCGAUCGAGUUCGACAUCGAUGUGAACGCGACGACCGUGGUGCCGACGAGCGGUAGCAGCUCGAAGGUGAAACACGGCACGGUGCUGGAGGUAAUGUGCGACGAGCACUACGAGUUCCCGUUCUCGUCCCUAUCGCCGCCGACGUGUAACAAUGGCACGUGGAGCGUGAUACCGCGCUGUGCACCGGCACGCUGUAAGACCAUGCCCAAACCGCCCAAGUUCGGGAUGGUGUUGGCCCCGAAAACGGAGCACGGGAUGCGGGCGAGGUUCAAGUGCAAGGAUGGGUAUAACCUGACCGCACCGGGUGGAAAACCCAUCCCGGAUCCGAACAACUACGUGCUGAUCUGCUCGUUCGGUAAUUGGACCGGUGAGAUGCCGCAGUGUACGGAGGUGUACUGCCAGUUUCCGGGCUACAUCCCCAACGGGAAGGUGUUGCUGGUGGGCAACAUGGGGCUGUACGACUACCGGCCGUACGUGCGGAAGGUGAUCAACAACAAGCAAAUCAUGUACGAGUGUGACAAGGGUUACGUGAUCGAGACGGGACCACCCGGAGCGACCUGCAUCGGUGGCAAGUGGAGCCCGACCGAGUUGCCGAUCUGUACGCCCGGUCAGCAUCCACGGUUGCGCUGGAACCGUCGACGCCGAUCGUUGGAUCUCCGUAUGCGGUUCCACCGAUCGAACCAGCUGAAGCAGCAUUACCGGUAUCUGCAGCGUAAGCUCGAGGAGCACGACGCGUAUCAGCAGCAUGAGAUAGUGAAGCGUGCCGCUGCCUCACCGUACCGGGGCCAGAUCCCUGCCAAGCGCCACUACACGUUCGACGACUUUCAGCGGUUUCGGGCGAAGCGUAGCGUCGAGGCGAACCGGCACGCAAUGCUGAGAAGCGCUUUCCGCAGCGCAAUGGUACGGGAGCGCCGAGAGCUGUCGGAUGUGGACAAAGCGUACAGCAAGUACUACGAGCGGAUAAAGGCAAGGUAUCGCAACUAUGUGCAGAAUCUGCUUGGGUUUAACAAGGCACGAACGCUGCCGACACACGACGACAUUCACGUGCAGGACGGCCGCUGGCAUUCGUAUCCGGAGUCGGAUCCGGUAAGUCGCAACCGGGGCAUGCAGAAUGGGCGCGAGCCGGAACCGGGACAGUUGGCCGGGACGUCCGUUCCCUCACCGACCGCAACGCGACGGCCUCGGCCACACAAGGGCAAGCAGGGUAAGGCGCGCAAACCGAAGCUUCCGCCACCGAUUACGGUGCCGGAUAUUAACGAACAGUCGCGCUACCGGUUGGACUUUGUCGAGAGCACCGAAAGCAACCGCACCACGGAUCAUCUGAACGAGAACGACAUCUACAGCAACUACUUCCCGCCGCCACUGACCGGGCGGUAUCAUACGAGCUGGCAGUUCGCUUCGGAGGUGACGCCUAGCCAUCGGAACGAAGGGAACCAGUACCGUGCGACCCAGUACCGGGGCCGCAACCGAACGGAACCACCGGUGGAGGAGAACCCGUUCGCGCUGAUGGAGAAGCUCCAGUCGCAGAUCAUCAGACGGAAGCGGGACACGCGCGACGCUGGCAGCUCGAUGGAGGAAACGAAGCGGGGCCAGAAGGCGAACCGGAAGGCGCUGAAUCAGACCGACGUGGACAGCAUGGAUCCGGCGCGGAAGGUGAAGUUUAAGGGACCGUGUGAACCGUUGGCGAGUGAACCGUACGCCCAGCUGGAGAUCGUACGACCCGGCAAGGAUCCGAACGAAACGUUUGGCCCCGGUACGAUUGUGCGGGUGACCUGCACGAAGGGCUACGUGUCGAACAUUGUCAACCCGAACGCGACCGCCAAGUGUGUGCGGGGUCGAUGGAAACCCACCAAGCCAACGUGCAGCAUGAAGCCCUGCUUGGUGCCAUCGACCGAACACGGUAAGUACUACGAUGCUUCGGUGGAUCUGACGACGCUUGAUGCAGUGCGUCCGACCACCGCUUCCCUGACACCGAUGGAGAUGAUCGAGAAUGGGAAGAUGAUUAACUUCCAAUGUGACCACGGAUACAACACGCAGGGUCCUUCAAAUCUGCGCUGCUGGAAUGGUGAGUGGGCAGUCAGUUCACUGCCGGAAUGUUUGCCCGCACCCUGCGUACUGCCACCGAUUAUGCAUGCAAUGUAUCAGGGAGGAUAUCGCGCAGGACUGACUAUUGCGCACGGAAGUUCGGUGAUGAUCCAGUGUGAGAGUGGCAUGGGAAGUGCAUCGUCCGUGCAGAUGGAUUGUGCUCUCGGUUCCCUUACGCCGGAAACGAUCAACUGUGGGUACAUUUCGUCCCGCAAAUCUCGCGACGAUGACAGCAGCUCGAUCAUCGUGCUCGAUGGCAACAACGUAACGUCGUCCGAGGAUGAAAACGAUGGCCGUGAGUGUGGUCCGCCCGGGAAGAUCCAUGGCUCGCUGGUGUACAAGAACGGCGAACAGAUGGACGAGGGCAGUGACGAAGGCUUCCCAUCCGGUACGGAGAUAACGUUCGAUUGUAUCGCAUCGAUCACGGGCGAGCAGACAACGUGGAAAAUAAUCUGCGAAGAUGGGCAAUGGAUCGGACGGUCUAUGAAUUGCGAUGAUGAUGAUCCACUGUUUCACCGGCUGCCGUCAGCGAAUGGGUCGUGCAUGUUCCGCAACAAUGAACCGCACGUGGUCAGCUUUUACAACGAUCUGGAAAUACGGGAGGAUAUUGUGGAAUUCCCACCGGGGACGACAAUCAUAUCGCGAUGUGUUGAUAUCGGAAAGUACGCCAUGAUUGGUACCAGCGUCCGCACGUGCGUUCGUUCGGAGUGGAGUGGCCAAAAGCCAUCCUGUUUUGGGUUGAAUCAGGAGAACGACUACGCAAUGGAAAAACCCCCAACCAUAUUGAUACGCCACCAGAAUGGUCCGAUUGCGCAGAGCAACGAUGGUAAGCUGAUCGUGUACCCGGGCACUACCGUGCAUCUCGAGUGUCUGUGGAUGCGUCGGUUUGGGAAUCCAAAAUGGAACGUCAGCCACGACUAUCGCAAGUAUCCGGAAGGUUGGAGCUCAGACGAGGGUCGCGAUCCCCAGUUGGAGUAUCGCAUCAGUAUCAUGCACGCGGUGAAAGAUGACUCCGGUAGCUUCACCUGCGUCACACCAGCCCGUCACACACACACGGUCGAGGUGAUCGUGAAGGCAGUUCACUGUAACGAAAUUCAGGUACGCCGAGGACUUUCAGCCAGCACCGGUGAAACGAUGAUGGGCACGCGGGUGCUGUUCUCCUGCACGAACGGGAACGCAUUGAUCGGUACACCGGAGAUUAGCUGUCUGCCGAGUGGCAACUGGAGCGCACCGUUGCCCGUCUGCGAGAGCGUCGAGUGUGGCGAGGUCCCGAUACAGCCGAGCAGCAAUGGGUCGGCUCCGCGAGUUGCCAUCCUGUCCCGGGAGGUUGGCGGACGGGCGGCAUUCUCCUGUCCACCGGGGUAUGGGUUGAGGGGACCCAGUGAGGCCAUCUGUUUGCCAACGGGUGAAUGGGGUGGUCCAUUUCCGUCAUGUGUCGAGGUACAGUGUUUCCAUCCGGGAGCACCACAAAAUGGUUACGCUCAGGGAACUCCACCGUAUAGGGCCGGUGAUGUGGUACAGUUCAACUGUAAUCCGGAGUACAUGAUGCAGGGUCAGCCAAUCAUCGCUUGCCAGGAUAACGGACGCUGGUCGGGUGGUUUACCAAAGUGUGUACAGGCCUGCUCGUAUCCCGGUACCGCCAUCAGUGGUCGGAUGUCAUCGGUAAAGUUCUACUACUCCAUCGGUGAAAGUAUCACGUUCACCUGCGAUGCGGGGCUGGAGCUGCGCGGUGCCAAGAUGCUGAAGUGUCUGAAGAACGGCAAAUGGUCGAACGCGAUCCCGACGUGCGUUAAUCCGGACGCGGUAAAUGUGCGCACCGACGCGAAGGGCGUGUUCAAGCGGGACAAUUAAACGGUUUCAGUUGCCGGGUUUCGUCGCAAGGAACGUACAAACGACCCCACCUACUAGCAUUGGUGGAUGCUGUCACACAUGUUUGCCGGGAUGGUUCCGUUGGCAGCACCACCGCAAGACACGAACCCCCUUUGAAAAUCGGUUUCGAUGAGAGAGUCACUCAGCUGAACAAAGGCGAAAGUAAGCAAUGGUAAUAGCAAUUAGCAGCAAUCACAGUGAACAGUUUAAGGAAUUGUUCCAGCAUAACAGCACAAAACAUAAGAUGAUCGUUAUAAGCGUACUGGUGAAGGUGGAAGUGAGUUUGGGUGGGACGGUAAAGGGGUGUAGCUACUUAAUAACAGUAAUAAGAUUUAAGCAAGCAAAACCAUACAAUAACAAACUGCAUAGAGCAAAUGCAAACAUAAUCAUAAUGCAAUUGAUUGGGCAAAGUUAAUAACAACAUCACUCACACACACACAUCAUUAAUAAGCAACUCACGUAUCCAAGCUCAACGGAAUUUAAUUAAUCAGCAGAUAAUAACUUCGGUUUUUUUCUCAGAAUUAUAAGCACGAAGGGGUAGUACAUAUCGCGCUGCAUUGACAAGUGUGCUAAAAGCAAGGGAAUUACUACAGCGAUACGAAGAUGGGAGCAUUAGCAACGUUAAUUUGUCCUGCAAGAUCCUGCUGCCUGUUUGCUUUCCUUCUUCGGGAACACGGGCAAAAUGGGGUCAAAAAGAAAAGAAAAUCAAAUUCAACAUACUCGUUACGUUAAGCGAUGUAAGAUGUACGUAUGGAUAUUUAUGCUACACGAAUACUAUACAUAAAUGCUAUCCGGAAGCAAGGGCUUUGAUUUACCAGCAGGGAACAGGUACGGAUGUUAACGACGGGUACAGGUGACCAUUAUUAGUAUCCUUAAACGCGUCAGUUA